AUGAAAUUCUUUCAAAUCCCUCUGGAACCUGCCUAUCCAAUGGCUUUUCAAGCCGUAACUGAACCACCCUCUGCCUCUCCCAAGUGGCAAGGAUUUGGUAUCAACAAGUACAGAGACGUCCAGGCAUUGUCCGCCAUGAGGGAUACACCAUCAAUGGUUCAGAAACUUUUAGAAGAGGAAAGAGAGGCUGUAAAGUCCGCACUUCAAGCAGUUGAUGAACAUAUGCAACUAAAGAAAAAAGAAGUGGAAGAAGUACACAGAAAACUUAUGAAAGAUGAACCAGUCAAGGAACAUUUUAGGGCAGCAUUCCAGAUGGAUUUAUCCAGAAGUAACAGAAGUGGUCGGGUCUCCAGCAGUUACACACCAGUGUAUAACACACCAGUAAAAAUGCAGCAAAAACCCGUUUUUCUGGAAGCUAUAUAUGAAGAAGACAAUGACUCUGGAGCGUUAUCUAUGACCAGUAAUAAAAAUGAAAAGCGGCCAGAACGCAUUAGGCAUAGUGCUAUGCCACGAAAUCUUACAGCUAAGUCACGAUGUUCUGUGAAAGAAAAAGUGACUUCUGCAAGGCCUAGAGCUUCUGAAAUUUCCGUUCUCCCUCCUAUUGAUAUGGGUUGGAGUAAUGUUCCCACUGAUGGCUUUUACGUGGGCCCUCUCAAUUACAGAUGGCAACGUGUUGCUGAUAAUUAUAUAGAUAGUGAGCAGCGCGUUCGCAGCAGAAGAAGAUGUCGAUCUAGAGCUCAAGAAACUAGACUCCGUCUAGGAUAUCAAGAUGACGACGAGACAGAGGAUGAAUAUGCGCGUGAUGGACUCGUAGAAAUGGAAAUGAGACUGCCAAGGAAACGGCAAAUUACUUUCGGUCCUCCUCACAGCACUUCUUACAGCCGGUGGUUCAGUCAUUUCAACGGACUUGACAGUCAUUUUAACUAA